AUGGAUACCUCCUUACACGCCUUCGAGAUCCCUCCGAUAAUCCGAAAGCCGUCUUUGGAAUCGGCCUCACCAUGGGCUCUAUAUCUUGCAGUAGCAUUAGUCUUACUCGCAGCCCUUGAGGAGGCUUUGAGGCUUCGUCACAGACUUCCUGUGAUCAAGGGGCCGGUCGGUUACCCGAUCUUUGGCAAUCUGCUUCAACUCCGCCCAGAUCCCUCAGAGCAGCUCCGGCGUUGGGGAGAGAAAUAUGGAGGAGUCUAUCAAAUUAUGAUGGGCAAUACACCUGUGGUUGUCUUUAACUCUAUGCAAGCGGCAAGAGAUGUCUUUAUUGGUCAGGGGGCCGCACUUGUUGAUCGGCCAACAUUUUACACUUUUCAUGGUGUUAUGACCAGUGUCGCAUCCACGAUCGGUACGACCGUAUGGAGCGACUCACUCAAAAAGAGGCGUAAAGCCGCAGCAAGUGCCAUGAACAGAGUCGCAACUGCAUCAUACGUUCCCUUGAUCAACGAAACCACUCAGGAUUUCAUUUCAGAUCUCUUACAAAGAGGAGACUCGGGCCAAGUUGCGUUCAACCCCAGAAGAUCAAUUCUUGAGUCUAUCCUUGAUUUAACAAUGACGGUCAAUUACGGGUCUAGACUGCCGAAAGAGGAGGGACUUUUUGAUGAACUUAUUGAUGUUGAGGACCGAGUUACUCGAUUGAGAUCCGUCACAGGAUCCUAUCAGGACUACAUCCCAUUCAUGCGAUGGAAUCCUUUCAAUUCGAAAUCGUCUCACGCUAAAGAGACAAACUUACGCAGACUAGCAUAUCUGCAUCGCUUCAGUGAUGAACAUAAACAGGAGAUGAAGGUUGGCAAGGAUAAGCCUUGUAUUCAAGGGAACAUUCUCCAAGACCCUGACCAUAAAUUUACAGAAGUCGAGCUGACAUCAAUCAACAUGUCAAUGGUAUCUGGCGGGCUAGACACCCUCGCUAACUCGAUGGCUUGGACUCUCGGUCUACUAGCCCGUCGUCAAGAUGUACAGGAGGUUGCAUAUGAGGCAAUCAUCAAGGCUUCAGGUGCGAAUGGCUGGGGCGAAGCCCACGGCGAUGUACCUUAUAUGGGUGCUCUUGUGAAGGAGUCUUUACGAUACUUCUCGGUACUUCGACUAUCCCAGCCACGACGAGCGUGGCGCGAUAUUGAGUACAAAGGUAUUUUUAUUCCCAAAGGUACAACUGUUUACCUCAACGCUUGGGGAUGCAACCGCGAUAAAUCGUACUUUGGUGCCGACGCAAAUGAUUUUCGCCCUGAGCGCUGGCUAAAAGAGGGCGAUGAGCGACUUGACCAUUGCGCUUUCGGUUUCGGUACUCGAAUGUGUGCCGCAUCCCAUUUAGCAAAUCGACAACUGUAUAUCAUGAUUGCUCGACUGAUUUGGGCUUUCAAGAUCGAACUCAGUGAGGAUCCUUCAGACAACGAAUGGGGUAUCGAUCCAUUUCUGGACUCUACUGAACCCGACCAAUUCGCUGCGAGGCCGCCUCUUUACAAGAUCCGUUUCGUUCCUCGUGACAUCAAUACAUUGAGAGCCCAGCUAGAGUCGACCUAA